GUUGUUUGUUAAUAGUGUUUCAUAUAUAGGUGAAAAUGACCAAACGAAAACAAGAUUUACAAAUUCCGGCAGAGGAAUCAGAUCUUUUGUCGAUAACACCGCUGGGCGCCGGGCAGGAGGUGGGUAGGUCAUGUAUAAUGUUAGAAUACAAAGGGAAGAAGAUAAUGUUAGACUGUGGGAUACAUCCUGGACUCAAUGGAAUGGAUGCUUUGCCUUUUGUAGAUAUUGUGGAUACUGAUGAAAUAGAUCUCCUUCUUGUUUCACAUUUCCAUUUAGACCACUGUGGAGCCCUACCUUGGUUUUUGUUAAAAACAAGUUUCAAAGGGAGAUGUUUCAUGACGCAUGCAACUAAAGCUAUCUAUAGAUGGCUUGUUUCUGAUUAUAUUAAAGUGAGCAAUAUAUCAACAGAACACAUGUUAUACACUGAAAGUGAUCUUGAAGCAAGUAUGGAUAGAAUAGAAACAAUAAAUUUUCAUGAAGAAAAAGAGGUAGGAGGUAUUAAAUUUUGGGCAUACAAUGCAGGCCAUGUUCUUGGAGCAGCCAUGUUUAUGAUUGAGAUUUCCGGAGUAAAGAUUUUAUAUACUGGAGACUUCUCAAGACAAGAGGACAGGCACUUAAUGGCAGCAGAAAUACCAUCAGUAAAACCAGACAUUCUAAUAACUGAAGCUACAUAUGGAACCCAUAUUCAUGAAAAGAGAGAAGAAAGAGAAGCAAGGUUUACAACAUUAGUGCAUGAAAUUGUAAAUAGAGGUGGACGAUGUUUGAUUCCUGUUUUUGCUUUAGGAAGAGCUCAAGAACUGCUGUUGAUUUUGGAUGAAUAUUGGAGUUUACAUCCUGAACUUCACGACAUUCCAAUAUAUUAUGCUUCCUCUCUAGCCAAAAAGUGUAUGGCAGUGUACCAAACUUAUAUAAAUGCAAUGAAUGAAAAUAUAAAAAGGCAAAUAGCAGUAAAGAACCCAUUUGUAUUCACACACAUAUCAAACUUGAAAGGGAUAGAUCAAUUCGAUGACAUAGGACCGUGUGUAGUAAUGGCUUCGCCUGGUAUGAUGCAGAGUGGCCUUUCACGAGAAUUAUUUGAAUCGUGGUGCACUGAUGCUAAAAAUGGAGUUAUUAUAGCAGGUUAUUGUGUUGAAGGAACAUUGGCUAAGACUAUUCUCUCAGAGCCGGAAGAAAUAGUGACACUAAAUGGACAAAAAUUACGUUUAAAUAUGUCAGUUGCGUAUAUAUCAUUUUCAGCACAUACAGAUUACCAACAGACUAGUGAUUUCAUAAGACAGUUGAAACCUCCACACAUUGUAUUGGUGCAUGGUGAGCAGAACGAAAUGAGUCGUUUGAAAUCUGCUUUGCAAAGGGAAUAUGAAGGAGAUCCUGAAAAUGAUAUAAAGAUUUACAAUCCUCGAAAUACUGAGUCAGUUGAACUGUAUUUCAGAGGAGAAAAAAUUGCUAAAGUGAUGGGAUCAUUAGCUGUGGAACCUCCAAAAGCAGGUGAGAAAUUAUCAGGUAUAUUAGUUAAACGAGAAUUUAACUAUCAUAUAGUUUCAGCGAAGGAUCUGUCAAAAUAUACAAAUCUAAGCAUCAGUUCUGUUAUACAACAACAACACAUUCCUUUUACAGGAUCUUUUGCAAUACUUCGUUCAAUGCUACAGCAUAUUGCAUCUCCACUCGUUCCAGUAGAAAUGAAAAAGUUAAUAGCUUUUGAUGCAAUAGAUAUCACUUUAAAUAAAAAAUCCGUAACUAUUCAGUGGGUAGCUAAUCCAGUAAAUGACAUGUUUGCAGACUGUAUAGUAUCGACAAUACUUGAAUCUGAAACAAUCAAUCCCAGGAUUGUUCCUGCUAAUGUCCACAUGAAAAUGGAUCGUAUGCAUUUUAAGGAAUGCGUCAUAGAGAUGCUACAGGACAUGUUUGGAGAAGAAUGUGUUCCUAAAAUAUUUAAAGGAGAUAAACUUCAUGUUACAGUUGACAACAAAAAGGCUAACAUUGAUUUGUUGCAACUUGAAGUGAAGUGCAAGGAAGAUGCGACACUACAGCAAGUUGUACAGACUGCCAUCAUUAGGCUUUAUGAUGCUCUUACACCUACUUCAACCUACCUCAAGCUACCAGCUACAGAAAAUUCAGAAGAAGCAGUAAAAAUUUCCUAGAGCAAUAGGUUAUAGGCAUUGGUUGUAUUAUUUUACCGAAAGUAAGAGGCCCAAAAUUUAGAGGGACCAAAAGUGUAAAUAUGCUCAAGUAUGAAAUUUAUAUUUUUCUCAGUUACAAACUAUUUUCUGCUUAAAAAUCAGUUGUGAUUAGUUUUCUGAGAAUCAAAAAUAUAAGAUACUUUUAUGACUGUAAAAAAAUAAAUAUAAACUUAUUAAAGGAGUUAUGAAACUACCUACGUUGUGUAAAUAUAUAUUAUAAAAUGUGAGCAUUGAAUUAUUUAUACCUAAUUAUUUUUAAUGAUUGUGAAAAGGGAAAGUCUCAAAUGUUAAGUAAAUAUAUGUACAUACCUAAAGUAUUAAUAAUCAAUGUUAACUAGUGUUAAAAUGUUCAAAAAAUUUCAUAACAGGCACUUAUUAAAAAAAGGAGAAAUAUAACGUAUAUAG